AUGUCGAACGCCCUCGAGGUGAUAGGCCUCAUGACGGUGCUUCGUAUGUUCGCCAUCGCUAUCAAACGCGUACUCCAUGACGCUUUCACACACGAAGUCUUCCAUCGCUUUCUGACUCUUGGCUCCAGCGACUGGUUCAAAUUCCCUAGACCACUCCUCUCUUCGGUACCUUUCGGCUCCCCCACUGAGAAGUAUUGGACUAUUGACCCAUCCCGCCCCUUCCCUACACGUCCUUUCCAUGAUGGCUUCACACCGACUGCCACCAUUUUCGACGACGCCACACCUUUAGCGGAGUACGUAUUGCGAAGAUGGCUCAGUCAUGUCGUGCGCGGAUGGGCGUUCUUGCAAGAUUGGGUUGCCCCACAUCACCAACGGCGUCCUUCACACGAGCAGCACGAACAGUGUUUCUGGGCUGUCUUCUCCACGGCCAUGGUGUACAUAAUCAUAUGUCUCAUUAUCUGGGACUUGUUCAAGAACAAGACGACUACUUCAUCCAGCUCGUCGUUGAUCGAGGACUUUGACCCGAGUACAGGAACAUUUGGCGGACUCAGUAAGGAAGUGUGCUUCCUCCUGAAUAUCAAUGCAUCUUCUUUGACCACCAUCGCUGAUGCUUCACCAUCCGGAAUUUCUCAGUCGCCACGCCCUGUGUCUGUGUCCCGUCAUACGAGGCGUCGCGCGCAGUCGGAAUCAACUCUGCCUAGAAGAGUUCCAUCGUCUGAACCAUUUUAUGCCGUCUCUUCGCAGUCGAUACCCCACACCACGUCCCCAGCAGAGCUCCCUUCUACAUCUGUGCCUCAUGCAUCCUCAUCUAAUUCCCUCGCAGUUCUUAGUGUUCCGCACCUGUCAGUACCGCAGAUCGAUACCCAGGAGGCUCAUAUACCCUCUAUCGCCUCCGAAUACCCUAUACCAGCAGAUCCGAACGCGGACUCCCAUGAUAUCGACGAGACUCAAUCGGAUGAAUUAUUAUCAUCAUGUUCGACAGAUGAGGGCCUGGAGUUUGUCUACCGAGAGACGGACUUGAACAAGAUGCGGGAAAGUCUUAGAAAAUCCCACAACGUGCACAGUUGCGACCGCAUCAAAACAAUAGAGAGUGACGUCAUUCCCGCAUUCGGGCUUUCAUAUCUCAACUAUAUCUUGGUCGUCUCCGCCGAAGUGGGAGGUACGCUGAAGUGGUUCCGACUUCAAGUGAUAUUUUUCAAGUCAAGGCAUGGAUGGCUGGAGCCUCAUGGCGCGAUCAAGUCGGGCGAGCUGAAUUGCCAGUUCCGCGUAAUAACAUGCCGUCCCUACCCGACCAUGUCCAAUCCCACCACACCACCAGCGCCACCGCCACCGCCACCGCCACCGCCACCGCCGCCGCCACCGCCACCACCGCCACCGUCGCCCCGUCGACUUCGCACUACUUGGCCAGUCCCACGAUGCGACAGCAACCCGCAGUCGUUGCACGGCGCGUUCUCGCAGAGCCACAGCCACACAUUCGAACCAUUGCAGCCUGAAGAUGGCCCCUCCUUGCAGGGCGGUAGUGCUGCCCAUGCAGGUGUUUCUAUGCGGGAUAUUUAUAAUGAAGAUAGCAAUGAGGCCAUCUGGGGAACACUUUCUGAAGACGACGACAUGUCCUCGGAAAAUAGCGAUGAGGCCAUAUGCGGAACGCCUUCCGAGGUCAGCGAAAGUGCUGGUGGUCGCUACUCCCCGAUGGAUACUGCGGACGAUUUCUUACCUUCCUCUUUGCAUCCGAGCACUUUUGUCGACGAUACUGAUGCUGCACCUCCAUCGCCAUGUUCCUCGCCACUCGCGGAAUGUUCAUACCAUCCACCCUCCUCAUCUGUUAGGAGUGCGGCUGCUGCAUCUUCCCCGGGACCAUUCGUAUUGCCUAGCGAACGGCCAACCUCACCAGGGCGGAGGCUUCAAUUCAACUACGUUCGACUUCAGAUACCCAUCUCCGCAGACGGCCACUACGCCACCAUCCAAGCCUCCUGUCGAAAUCCCGGACACCGGCAGUACACGACCCAUGCGACCCGUCCCGCAGAGGCCCCUCCGCUCCUCCCCUGCAACUCCCAAGGCCAACAUACCACAACGUGA